AUAUAGUCUCACCCCCCAAACCCUAACCUAUUUACUUCUCUCCUCUUCCUCCACGUUUGAUUUCUCACAUCUCCUCCUUCAGAGGCGAACUCCUCCGUCUUUCUAGAUUCUCAUCUCGAUCUCUCUCGGAUUCUUGUUCCAAUUUCUCGUAUUGGAGCAAUUUCGAUGGAUCGUCAUGUUCAGGAUUCGUCGGGUGCCAUGAAGACCUCCAAUUCUUACCAUAUGAAUACCUCAUCGGCGGCGUUGCCGUUGUCGCAAUCGGCAUGGCUCGAGGUUCGUUUGUUCUACGUCCGCGUCUCGCCCUGCGUCGUUGACAACGUCCCGGACCACCUCACUCUCCGUCACCCUCGCCGCGAGAUCGGAGCCUCCCUCGACGUCAACGGGGUCCGUGUUCCCGCCUCCCAGACGGCGUCGCUCGUCCUCCGGCGUGACCGGCUCGACCGGGAAUCCUCGGAGGUCACGUACGUCAGCACCGAGACCGUUCGUGUCACCGGGUGCGUGGAUUUCGAGGUUUACGACAACGGUGAUAUGAUCCUGUGUGGGAACCUCGACAGAAUCGAUGGCGCGUGGAGCAACGGUACCGUGAGCGACCCGAAGACUGGGUGGGGAAUGGAUUGCUACAUGGCAAUGGGUAACGGGUCGGGUCCGUGUUCGACGGCGUUUUUGCAGCCGAAGUUAGGCGUAUCGUCUCCUUUGGUGGAGGUUUAUAUAGCGGGGUGCUGUGGCGGCGUGCCGGUUAUAUUGACUAAGACAAUUCAGGUGAGCCCGAGGAGGAAGGUGGCAAGACAUGUGACCCUCGACGCUAUCCCGGAGGACGAGGAGGUCGGAAAGGAUCGAGACAUUGUUGGUGUUGGCGUUACCCGUAAUGGAUUGCUCCGACAACGGAAGAAUGUGGAAUCAGAAGAGGAUGAAUACGAGUGUGAAAUGAAAAGGUACUACAGUGAGGAGAUGUACAUGAUGGAGGAGGAUGGGCAGCUGUCAUGGUUCAAUUCAGGCGUAAGAGUGGGAGUGGGGAUAGGACUUGGAAUGUGCAUUGGAGUUGGGAUAGGAGUCGGGCUGCUGAUGCGUUCAUAUCAAGCGACAACCCGCAAUCUCCGCAGGAGAUUUCUGUGAAUGGAGAUCGGAUGCAAAGGCAUCAUCUUCAAAGAUUUCUUGAGAUCAGUUAACAAGAAAGGGUGGCGACUACUGUAUGAGAGUUUUGGUGUAGUAGAUAGUUAAAUGAAAGAAUGUACAUAGCUUUGGGGGAACGGGUCCAUGUGAGUGUAAAAAUCGGCUUUUUGUUCAUAGAGCUCUAACAAGAGCGUGUUCCCACCGUUUGUGUUUUUGUUGAAUGAAGAGUUGUAGCUUUUGUAUAUAGCGAGAGAUUUGUGUUUUUGUUUUUGGCAUUAUAUAUAUAUGUAAAUCAGUUCAAUCA